AUGAGUUUCUUCAGCGAGCAGCGUCCGCCCUUGUACUCUUUCAGCAUUUUCCGCAUUGCCUUUUUUGCGUGCCUCCGACUCCAAUGCCAUCGAACGGUGGGCCUUCAGAAAAGAGUUGCCACCUUCGGCAACAUCGUCGGCCUCCUCCGGCGGGUUUUCCACGAAACCCCCGUUAUUCACUUCGCCGACGGAGGCGCAGGGAAAGGAUCCGCAUGCAAUUUCCUGCAUGGUGUGGCGCUCACUGUCCACAGAGCUGCCCACGGGGGUGAAAUCCCCUGCGUAUCGCCUGCCAACCCUCUCACUAUCCAAUUCUUCUUCGCAAUCCAUCCUUGA